CCUACCUCCAGGAUACCUACAUUUCCACCAAGUCCCAUAUAACCUCCACAAAACUCAAACCUUUGCUCUUCUACUUCCGGCAUAUACCUGCAGGUUUGUUUUAAAAACCCAUUAAAACUCUGCACCAUGGAUGUCUGGGAGCUUCAGCACUUUUCCGCUCUCUUUUACCUCUUGCAGUGCAUUGAAAGCAAUCCCAGCAAUCCCAAUGUCUCUUCGCGUUUAUUAAUGCAGUGUUUGGAUUCUUAUACCAAAGAUUUUCAAAAAUUUCUUUCUGUUGACCCUCCAAAUGCAGAGUCUCGAAAAAAGUUGGAAUCUGGGGAAGCAGAACUGAAUGGAAUGGUCUGCAAGCUGAAUGAGACUUUUAUCAAGCUCUCUCUUACAAUUUCAUCAAAGCUUUCUAUGGAUGAAAUCCAAUCUGCUUGUCUUCUGCAAAAAGGUGUAGAAGCUUCGCAAGCUUUAGACCGUACUCCAGUUCAGGCUGCUUUAUACAUGUUUUUUUUGUCUCGCGAACAACUCCUUGAGUCCUUAGAGUUGCUCACAAAAAUAGCUUCCUUAAAAGAUUUAGAUCUUGAAAUAGAAAAAGCUUUGCGUUCUUUUUUGAACACUCUAUGUAAUGGAGGGAAUGACAUAGUGAAAACUUGCUGUGAUUCUGUUACUACAUUGGAUACAAAAAUCACAGAAACACUUCGAAAUGAAGCUAAUGGUCAAGUAUUGGGUAUUGCUGAUGUUGUUGACUUUCAAGAGUACGUUAAGUUGUCUCAUGAAGCUCAUAUUGCCGAACUGGAAACUGUCGCUAUUAUUCUUUAUCAAUUAUCGGAGCUUGGUUUUGUGCAGCAAUCCCAUUUUGAGUCUUUAUUGUCUACGCUCAGUAAGAAUGAACCUACCAGUAAAAUUGCAGUUCUCAUAUUACCUUCCCUGUUAAGUUUUUUGAAAAAGCUUCUUCAGAUCGAGUUUCUUCCAGAAGGAGAUGGCAAGCUCAAUGUUGCAACUCCCACUUUACAGCAUAUACAUCAUUUACUUAUAAAGACAGCGGCAUCAAGUUGGCGUUGUCCCCAAUUCAAGCAGAUUUUAGGAAUAUGGUGGCUUACAUACCUCAAUGAAGCCUGUAAAAAUAUCGCGAAUGUCCCUUCUUUUAUAGAUUAUACUUCUACAAUUAAAGAGCCCGCUAGUGACAUUAUUCAUGCCGGCGUAUUUUCUGAUAUAAUAACCUUCGUUAUGCUUCCCUUUCGGCAGUCGGAUGAUGAACAAAUGGAAUGGAGUUUUUCCUUUAAGCCUCGUUCACGUCCUUCUACCAGUUGGCCAACUAUCCGUCCAUUGUUGGUAGAUAUUAUUUUUUCGAAGUUUCGCUCUUUUUGUCAAUCAUUUAUCAGUUAUAUGCCUGAAAUCCUGAAAAUACUUAGACUCCUUGAAGAGGAUAAGUACUUGACAAAUGCGGCUCAGUCUGACACAGCUACUGAAGAUCUACAACAUGUUUUUUUUCCUUUUGAAGAAUUCUACCAUUUGUUAUCUUCUGUAUAUACAUACGAUAAGUCGUGGUCAUUGGAUUUUUGGUUAGACAUUGAGAGCGACAUGUAUGGAUUUUUAACUUGGUCCAUGGAAUCUCAAAUUCCAGGGAUCACCACUUCGUUUACACUGUUACUGGUUUCCAUUUGUACCAACGAAUUUACCGCAACUAAAGUUCAUGAAUUGAUGUCUGAGCCGGCCGCGGAAACUAGUCAUUUCGACAAUGCCGCAGUAACUGGAACGAACUGGUCAUAUAUUUUUAACGUAUUUCAUUACUAUAUUUCCCAAUUAAAACCUAUUCAGACCGUUGUUACUUCUUCCGGUGUUGCACGUGUUCAUACAGAACCCGGUGAAAUUGACAUAAAUUCUUCCUUUAUCUUACAAGGGUAUGUUUUGUUAUUUGCUGCUGUAACUCGAAAUAGCUCGCAAAUAUUGGUUUCCCUUUGUGAAGAUCAAACCCUGAAUCCGAUUGGGACUUUCUUUGAAUUAUUGGAAUGCAGAUUAAUAGAAAGCGUGCGCUGUACGAUAUUAAAGGCUCUUGAAUCAAUGUCCCAUCAAUCUUCUGGUGUUUUAAAUAAUACCUUGUGGAACUAUUUGGAUAACUGGUUUAUCACUUCCGUUCUAUUCGACAUCGAUGGUGGGCUUGCACCGAUACCAUUAGCCAUUAAUUCUAAAAAUGUAUUCCCCAAGUCACCUAGUGCCUUCGGUCCUUUAUUAAAUAAUAUAAGAAGGUUAACGGCCACCCCUGGUAUGAGAAUCGCUUUUAUUAGAUUUUUAACUUCUCUAAUUCGAUCUAAAAAUGAAUUAAGUGUGACUCUUACCUUUCCAGAAAACUUAGGUUCUACUUAUCGUGCUUCAGGCGUUAAGCCUUAUGUGGAUUUUGUAAUCGAAACGUUGGUUUUAUCAUCAACACAGUGGAGAACUAUGCACGAUGUUGAAUCCUUGAAAAUAACAGAGGCGUGUCUUCAAUUUAUUUCGGCUGUUAUUGAUAAUCUAAAUUUGAAUCUUUUAAUUUAUUUCCGACUGUUCGGUAACAGAAUUAAAGACAAAGUUCAGAAUAACAGCUUAUAUAUUUAUUUAACAAGGCAUCCGGCGAUUUAUUUGCUGGAAGCCGUUUUUGUCGAAAAUGUAUAUGCUGGCUUGUUCGACCUUGUUGAAUUUGGUUUUGAUCAAAUUGAAGAUGUUUCAGUUCCUCCUUUACUGGUUUCAACUGUCUUGCAAUCUCUUUUCAUUCUUCGUGACGUCCUCGCUCUACAAAGGGAGUUAUUUAAAAAUGUGAUCCCUUAUAUCACUGAAUUGGGAAUUAGUAAACAUAUCCUAGAUUUGACAAUUUCCAGAAGAGCUUAUCGGGAAGUGUUUAUGACUAGAAUAUCUUCCAUUGUUCACCUUGGCUUAUUGGUAGGAUCCAGGCAUCAAUGUUUUGUACAACCAGCGAUUGAAAUCCUUGGUUUCUUGGUAGAUUCCGAAGGUUUCAUGAACAAGGGUAGCACUGACGAAAAUAAGCUAUUAUGCUCAAUCGUUAGGACUGCGAAUGAGUCAAAGCGUAUUAUUUUUGGUUUUAUCCGGGCUUUCGAGUUUAGAUCACGUGCCUUGUUAUCCUCAGGUAAUGAAUCUUCGUUCAUACUGCGUUUUGUCUUGAAUAAUUUAAAACAAAGCAAGGGAUUUUUUUCGCUUGCUUUAUUGAUUUUGGGGUUUGAUAUAUCAUCGACAAAUGCAGUGAUUGUUAGAGAUGAACCUGGUUACGUCGGCUCGCAAAUUUCUUUAUUAAACUCACUGUUAAAUUUCAUAGAAUUGCGAACACAAGAUGACGUGGUUUUGGAAACUCCAUUAGUCAUGGUCGAAGCUUUGGAGAUUGUUGCCCACUUAUGUUCUUCUCCAUUGACUUAUGAAGCUACGUUGGCUGUUCUUAGAGAUCGCCCUCAUUUCCUUGUGAACCUUGUAAAUGUGGAGCCUAUAAUUUCUCAGAGCAGCAUACAAAAUCUUGAAAGUCUAUCUACAGAAGAAGUCAAUGCUUUUUCUAGAUGUUUACAUGCUCGUGCUCAAGUAAUGACAAUGUUACUGACGGAAAUUCACUUUACCUCCUCAUUAGGGAAAAAGAAGCAGUCAAAAGAAUAUGUUGCUUCUCUUAUUGGAAGCACUGAUCGACUAAGGACUUCGCAAUUAUCUCAAAAAUCAUCUGGUUUUAAAAUAUUGGAUUUUAUGGAUAUUCUGAGAAUUGAUAAUAGGAAGAUAGCAUCCGAAUUACCCAAAGUGCCAGGUUUUAAUCUAAGCAUGUUUGUGACCAAGUUUGAUAACGGAGUCAAUGACUUUCAGUUCGACACUGAUAGAGUUGUUAAGUUGUACAAACUUCUAUUUGAUACUGAAGCAUCAGUCAUGGAAGGAACCAAUGAAGAAAAGGAACUUUGGUACAACCAAAAGAGAGAGAAGUUGCAGGAUCUUUCUAAUCGUUUAGAUCUCUUUAACGCACGUGUUAUUUUCCUUCAACACGUUCAUGAUUGCUUAGAAUCAUGGGCUAGGCUAACCGGUAUUUUGAUUGAGGACUGUCAUUCUGAAAUUCCUGAAGUUUACUUUGAUGAAUUCAUUUGGGAAUUGCUGCGUUUGUUACUUCCGGGUGCAUCAAAUUACAGUCUAGAAAACCAGAAUACUGUCUCAGUUACCACUGCUGUCAUUGAAACUAUUGUUCCUUAUGCACUGAAGAAGAUGAAUGCUAUAAACCCGAACGAAUAUGGAAAACUAACUUAUUUUGUUGAAGGUGUACAAGGGAUAAUUGUUAACUUGAUUAAAGGCAUACAAUGUCAAUCAUCUGAUGAAAGUAUACGUGAGAAUUUAUAUGGAUCUUUGUUAAGUAUCUUGACCACUUUUCAAAAGUGCACUAGCACUCUGAACAGAGAAGAUGGGGACAAGGAAUUCUUGAAUGCCUUAGAAAAAUGUAUGAACUCCAGCCUUUUGAGCUCUUCCUUUUUGGAUGUGGUAACCAAGGAUGCGUUGUACACGAGUGGAUCAUGCUGGGAGUUGUCAGUGAUUACGUUGAAUUUCCUACAUAGGCUGUCGCCGGAUAUUUCGACUGAUUUGUAUAAGUAUUAUUUGCGUCGCAAUUUCAUUGGUUCGUUUGUUGAUGCCUUUUCGAAAAUAUUUUCAGAUAUAGUGGCUUCUGGGAAAGAAAUUAUUGAAGUCAUAAGUGGUUUGGAGGCAGGACAGUGCUUCUUGAUUACGCUCGCACAAAACAAAAUUGCUGUCCAUUCUGUUUUGACCAUGGAUUAUAUACGACUAGUUGUUCAACUGUUGUUGCAAUUAUGCAAACAAGGCGGCAUUCAACACCUUCGACCUCAAGUUCAGCGUUUAAUGCUUCAACUUUUGCAAAUCUUUAUAUUGGCAUUAAUGAAGGUACCUUUAAAGGUAAUGUCUAACAAAGAUAAAGCACUCUUACAGUCUGUGUUUUCACUUUCUAGAAAGCUACAUGAUUCUAUUCAAAUGAAUGCAGAACAAGCUCGGAGCACAGAAGUCGUUACCGUGAAGAAAUACGUUGAAGUAAUCAGUCAACUUUUGGAUCUUCAUAGAGAAUAGAAGCUAUUAAUGAAUGUUCGGCUAAGGGUAAAGAAAAUAUAUUUUAAUGCUUAUCUUACAUAGAGGAUUAAAUAAAAUGAUUAACGGGUAACUCGGUAUUGAC